UACCAUUUUUUUUUUAUCUGCAGAUAUCCAAGGGAGAGUAAAAAACUAAAAAUCUUUCCAGUUGAGAGAGAGAGAGAGAAAGAGAGAGAGAGAUGGCGGCCCCAAUGCUUGGCCUCUUGAAAGCAGAGCUUCCAUUGCAGGAAGAGUCUCUGUUGAUCUCUGCGAGUAAGAAGACUGGUCUUGUCCUCGUGGACAUUGUCAAUGGAUUCUGCACCCCAGGUGCCGGUAAUCUGGCUCCAACACAGCCAGAUAAACAGAUUUCUGAUAUGGUAGAUGAGAGUGUAGGGCUAGCAAGGAUUUUCAGUGAGAAGAAAUGGCCAAUACUGGCUUUUCUAGAUACCCAUCAACCCAACAAGCCCGAGCCUCCAUAUCCCCCUCACUGUAUUGUUGGAUCAGGAGAAGAAAAUCUGGUACCAGCCUUGGAAUGGUUGCAGAAGGACCCAAAUGUAACAAUCAAACGCAAGGAUUGCAUUAAUGCGUUUGUCGGUUGCAUUGAAAAGGAUGGGUCGAAUAGCUUUGUCGAUUGGGUUAAGAAUAACGGGAUCCAAGUUAUUUUGGUGUUGGGGAUUUGUACAGACAUAUGUGUCUUCGACUUUGUGGCAACUGCCCUAUCUGCUAGGAAUUGUGGUUUGCUGCCACCUCUGGAAGAUGUUCUGGUGUAUUCUCAAGGAAGUGCUACUUUUGAUUUACCAUUACAUGUAGCUCAAAGUAUUGAAGGGGCUAAUCCCCAUCCCCAGGAGAUGAUGCAUCAUAUGGGUCUCUAUUUCGCCAAGUUGAGGGGAGCCAAGAUUGUGAAGGAAGUGUCAGUUUUUCCUUUGAGUUGAUUUACAUACUAAUAGUUUUGUCUACAUAUAUUACGAUGUGUUUAGUAAAAGCGUUGUUUCAUGAGGCACACUUGUGUAUUAUUUUAUAUGUACAGAGACAGUUGGAUCAAUAGAGAUAAAUAUGGAUACCUUUCAUGUAAAGAGAAAAUACAAUUCGUGAUUGUGUGGAGGGAAACUGAAUGGUAUGUUUUCAGUGUCA